AUGGCUCUGGGCGACUGUUGGAAGCAGCUGUCGUGGUUUUAUUACCAAUACUUGCUUGUGACGGCGCUGUACAUGUUGGAACCCUGGGAGAGGACCGUGUUCAACUCUCUCCUCGUCUCGGUGGCAGCCAUGGCGGUGUACACAGGAUACGUCUUCAUGCCGCAACACAUCAUGGCCAUCCUUCACUACUUUGAGAUUUCUUAUUCUGAAGGCGCAUGCGCGUUUCCCGGCUCUGUCUUCUUCUACUUGACCGUCUUGUUUUCGUGUGCGCACGUGUCCUCUGCCCACAACUCUCUGCUGCUUCCACCUAAACUCAGACUCCAGCUUCUUCUCAAACUUCUGACUUUGCAGCUGAUUUUUCCCAAUAACUCUGGACUGAACCCGCUCCGCUCAUUCCCAGCCUCUGGGCUCCUCCUGGUCCCCUCCUGCCUCAGCGACUCAGACCUGGAUCUUCUGGUGCAGCAGCGCCUGGUUCCCGCCCUCUGCUCUCAGGGCUUCUGCUGGUUGGACGGCGUGCUGGGUGAUGUCACCGGGGGGGCGGUACUUGAGCGGGUGAUGGACAUGCAGCGUUCCGGAAUCCUGCGGGGGGGUCAGCUGAUGCGACCCUCCCCCGUGGUGAAGCGCAGCGCGGUGAGGGGUGAUGUCACGGCCUGGUGCUGCGGCGAAGAGCGAGACUGCGAGGCUCUGAAGGUUCUGUUGAGGACCAUGGACCACCUGGUGUCAGAGACCGCGAGGAGCCUGCAGCGCACCAUCAGCCACCGCUCCAAGGCGAUGUUUGCCUGUUUUCCUGGAGGAGGAGCUGGAUACGUCAAACAUGUGGACAACCCCAACAACGACGGGCGCUGCCUCACCUGCAUCUACUACCUCAACAAGGACUGGAGCUCGAGCGUUCAGGGCGGGGCCUUGAGGAUGUUUCCUGAAGGAAAGUCUUUCGUCGUUGACAUCGAGCCACUGUUCGAUCGACUGCUGCUGUUCUGGUCUGACCGACGGAACCCACACCAGGUCCUGCCCUCCUACGCCCCCAGAUUCGCCGUCACAGUUUGGUAUUUCGACUCAGACGAACGAGCAGAAGCAAAACGCCGCAGCAGAGAACGCAGCGAUUCGGAGAACAGUAAUUCCAGUGAGUGA